AUGAGCUCGCCUGCCAAGGAUGGCAAGCGUCAGCUCACUCUCGAUGCCAUGUUCAAGCCACCGGCAAAGAAGGUCAAAGUCACCGAGACGGUAGAAACAAGCGAUUCGAACGGCGCCGUCUCCACGACCGUGUCGAGCGUGAUCUCAGCCUCCAGCGCGCCUGCACUUACUCGACUAGAAGCUUACGAUGCUGUCAAAUUCGAUCAGCAAGCUUUCCUGGCCAAGUUGAGCACCACGGGUGACCCAUGCGAGCGCGAUCUACUCGAUCUUGAAAUGACCACUUUGGGCUCUACUUGGCUCAAAGUGCUCGCACCGGAGAUCAAGAAGCCUUACUUCCUCACACUGAAGCGCUUUCUCUGGCGGGAAGGUCUCAGGCAGGCAAACGUACAGCAAACCAAAAUCUUUCCGCCUGCUCCCGACGUGUAUGCCUGGUCAAGACAUACACCCUUGACAAAGGUCCGUGUGGUGAUCAUCGGUCAGGAUCCGUAUCAUCAGCCUGGCAAUGCGCACGGUCUGUGUUUCAGCGUCCGACCUGGUCUAGCAGUUCCCGCCAGUUUGAAGAACAUGUACAGCGAGCUGCAACAGGAAUACACAGACUUCAAAGCGCCCAAACAUGGCAAUCUGGAAGCAUGGGCAAAGUCGGGCGUCCUGCUGCUCAAUACUUCUUUGACUGUACGCGCGAACGAAGCAGGCAGUCAUGCCAAGCAAGGCUGGGAAACCUUCACGGACGCCGUCAUCUCGCUCGUGGAUAAGUACGGGGGAGCGGCAUUGCCAGACACAGCAAAGGGGGUCGGAGGAGGUGUCGUCUUUAUGGCUUGGGGAGCUUGGGCAGCGAAACGAGUGGCACGACUCGACCGAAAGAAGCACUUGAUUCUCACCAGCGCUCAUCCUUCGCCACUCAGCGCUCACAAAGGCUUUCUGGGCAACGGCCAUUUCAAGAAAGCGAACGAAUGGCUCAAUGCCCGUCACGGUUCCGAGGGACAGAUCGACUGGACAAAUCUGCCGGUCAAGACCAACGAUGCUGUGACUGCAUAG